UCUCACAAUCAUCGUCGAUCAUCAUUAUAAUAAUAUCAUUCACUUCUUCAUCAUUUCCUCUUCUACAAAUUUCACAAUUCAAUUAAUUAACCCUUUUAGCAUCAUGAACUCACAAGACAUUCCCUCAGGAAGAUCACCAAAAAGACAACUCCAAGGCCCUCGUCCUCCACCUCUUAGGAUAAACAAGGACUCCCACAAGAUCAAGAAGAAGCCCCCGGUGGCGCCGCCUUCAUCACAACCGCAACCACCGCUGCGCCAACCGGUGAUCAUCUACACCGUCUCUCCGAAAGUAAUCCACACCACACCAAGUGACUUCAUGAGCCUCGUUCAACGCCUCACCAGCUCUUCGUCUUCCUCUUCAUCGUCCUCUUCCAAUAAGGUCUCAAUCGACCCUUUAAAUGGCAACAAAGGCCAUGGUGGUGGUAGUGGCAUAGUUUCGCCCGCGGGUCGAUACGCCACAAUAGAGAUGGCUAGAACAACAACUCAAAGCACUAAACAACACCCAAUUGAGAAUAGUGAUGAUGUUGGAGGGGUAGAUUUAGUAGGUCAUGGGGUGUUGUUGAAGAGACCAAACAUGUUUCAUGGGAUUUUGUCCCCGGGACCAUCUUCGUCUUUAUCUCCCAUUCCUUCAAAUUUCUUCUCUCCACCGUCGAUUGAUCCAAACAUGGGUAGCUUUUAUCAUGAUUUAAGCCCCAUCCUUCGUAAUAACAGAAAUUUCAUGGAGGGUACUACUACUACUGCUACUUUCAUCAUGCCUAGCCCUUCAAACUUUGUUUCACCUCGUACUCCUUCCAUUGACCUAUUCAAUAAUUUCUCCGACAAUUAAUUAAUUAAUUCGUUGCUUUUGUUGUUGGGUUAUUUUGCUUUAAUUUAGACUUCCCCAUAUACACAAAGAAAAACAUAAGUGUCUGAUUUAAUUACCUUUGAUUAGUGGGAGUAGUUUAAUUUCUUACUAUAAAGAUGACCUAAAAGAGAAAUACAAUGGGAAUUUGUUCUUUUGGUGGGUAGCUAGUUUCAAACUUCUUCAAUGGAUUCUUAAUUAUUUUCUUUUUUUUUUUCUUCUUCUGUUGUUUGAUACUAACAUUAAUGGAUUUAUUUAUUAGUGGGCCAUUUUGUGCUUAAAUA